CGAAAUGACCCUCAGAUCCUCCACGAAACUGCUGCCGUGUACAUAGGAUGUGAUUGAAUGGGAGGACGAAACAAAAACCCGUCUGUCUAUGAAUGACUGAACGUACUCGGAGACCUUUUAUUUAUUCGUGUGUGUGUGACACCUCCAGUCUGUCAGAGGCAAGAGGGACGCUGCUGUUGACGUCAAGCCUGAUUUUCUGCCCCCAAACAGCAUCACCGGUCCACUGCACUCCCGAGGAGCUUGCUACUCUCUUCAGGCAUUUCUUCUUCUCUGCUCGAUAUUUCCCCGACUCCAUCUCUGCUCCCAGGUAACCUACGGGCAUUACUCAGCACGCUCGGAGCUUCAGGGCAGACAGACUGACUCAGACGCUUCACGCACCAGCGAGAGGCUCUGUAGGAAAAGAUAAUCAACAGUGAAGAAGCCAUGCUUAUCUGGUCCCCUCAUGGCCGUGCCACUAUGACCAUCACCCUCCUCCAGUCCCAGCUGAUGUUUCUUCUGGCCCUGGCUGUGCUUCUCUGCCCCUUGGGCCGAGUGACAUGUCAGGGGGAAGGUCAGACACAGUCCCCUGCCCAGGUGCUCCAGGACCUGCUGUCCCGCUAUGGAGACAACAGCACUAUCUCAGUGCCCCAGCUGCGUUCUCUGCUGGCCCUGCUCAGCCAGGAUCAGGGUGAAGGUGACAACAACAUCAGCAGUGUGGAGGAGAAACUUAAAACAACCACACCUCCCAAAUCCAACAGCUCCAAGUGCUUAGCUGCAGACACGCUGGCUAUUUACAGCAUUAGUGAGCAAUCACGGCUGGAUGGGCCGGGCUUUCAGAAGCUGUGCCCCACCAUGCUGCAGCAGUUGGAUGCUGGCACCUGCAAGGCGCAAAAAGAAGAAGAGUCGAGCAUUGAGCCCUCCCCCAGGCCCUCGGACGCCGAAGUGUGGGGUUAUGGGAUCCUGUGUGUGACACUGAUCUCUCUGUGUUCGCUGGUCGGGGCGAGCGUGGUGCCCUUCAUGAAGAAAACCUUUUACAAGCGACUGCUGCUCUUCUUCAUAGCCCUGGCCAUUGGCACGCUCUACUCCAACGCCCUGUUUCAGCUCAUCCCAGAGGCCUUUGGUUUUAACCCCAUGGUGGAUUUCUACGUGUCAAAAUCUGUGGUGGUGUUCGCAGGCUUUUACCUCUUCUUCUUCACUGAAAAGGUCCUCAGAGUGCUUCUCAAAAAGAAAAACGGGAGCCACGGUCACAGUCAUUACCCCAGCACAGAUCAUUACUCGACAACCGACGGUGAUGUGGAGUGUGAGAAGGAGAAGCUGCAGCAGAACGGAGAGGCCAGCAGUCUGGCUCUGGGCAAGGUGGACGCAGGGGAGGGCGAGCUCAUGCUCAGUCCUGCACAGACACCACAGGACUCCCAGAGCCCAGAAAGCGGGGGUCGGUCCGGUGGCGGUGGCUGCUAUUGGCUGAAGGGGACGAGCUACUCUGACAUCGGCACGCUGGCCUGGAUGAUCACAUUGAGUGAUGGCCUGCACAACUUUAUCGACGGCUUGGCCAUCGGCGCCUCCUUUACCGCCUCCGUCUUCCAGGGCGUCAGCACCUCUGUGGCCAUCUUGUGUGAGGAGUUCCCCCACGAGCUUGGAGACUUUGUGAUCCUGCUGAACGCUGGUAUGAGCAUACAGCAGGCUCUGUUCUUUAACUUCCUGUCGGCCUGUUGCUGUUACCUGGGCAUGGGCUUUGGCAUCCUGGCCGGCAACAGCUUCUCCCCCAACUGGAUCUUUGCCCUGGCAGGGGGAAUGUUCCUCUACAUCGCUCUUGCAGACAUGUUUCCAGAGAUGAAUGCUGUGAGUCGUGAGGAAGAGGACGCGGGCGGCAGCAGCUUCCUCCUCACCUUUGCCAUCCAGAACGCCGGUCUGCUGACGGGCUUCUCCAUCAUGCUCCUCCUCACCAUGUACUCUGGGCAGAUACAGCUGGGCCGGUGAUGUACUCUGGGCAGAUGCACCUGGGCUAGCACCGGCCUCCUCUGGACCAACAACAGCGCUGACCAGCGUGAAAGUAAUCUGAGAUGUCAGCUGGUUUGUGCUGGGGUAAACUGACUCCUAGAGGAGGGAACUAUUUUUCCCCCUAUCCAUCUUCUUCCCAUCCUCAGUUUCCAGGACCCCAGAGUUUAGGUAGUUUGGCUGCUGUACGGCAGGUACCCACAACUCCUCCUAUAGAAAAUAUUUGAGUAGCCGUUCAUGCAGAGUUUCUGUUCCCCAGACUACUGAUCAGCCAUGUUGGCUCCUGCUCUUGUUUUUUUCUCAUCUCGUCCUUCCCUCAGCGGAUGUCAUUGAGCCCCAACGGUUGAGAUUCAACUGAUACAGAGUAUUUAUAUCACUAAUCCUCUGUGCCCGAAACACUUCCUCAGGAGGUGGGAAAAGCACAAUCAGGUAACAGCAGCUGUAUUAUUAACAUUACUGGGUCCUUUAUCCUUCUGUUCCAGACUUGUACCCCCCCACCCUCGUUUUUCUCAUUUCAUACCAAAAAUAAAUCGUUACGGACCUGAACUGGAAUUUUAUUCAAGUGUCAACAUCGUCCUGCUGGACUUUGUUGUUUGUGUGUUGAUGAUGUUCAUUUUUUUUAUCCAUGAUAAACAUGAAAUCGGACUUCUGAAGACCAAAUAUGGGCAGGCCAUUGAAAAUGGUGAAGGGCUACACAGUGACGCUUGGAAGGGCACACUUUAUUUCUCCUCAGUAUGGACUUCCUCGGCAUGCUGUUAGAGAAUCCUGAAUGAAGUCGGGUCGGAUAUGUAAAGCAACAUACAGAUCAGAGUUUGAUCCGGAUCAGACGCAACAACACCCAGCGUCCAUGGCUGCAUUUCUCCAUAUAGUUUACCAUCUGUGCCCUUCAUUAAUAUAGCAUUGAAUUGUUGUUUUAUUAUGCCUUGUAUUCUUAGUCACAAUUUUCCCCAGAAGUAUCUAUUCUUAUACAGUACAGUAACAUUCAAAAUACUGUAAGAUUAAUUAUAUAUAUAUACACACACACACACACGCAUAUAUUAUCUCUCGCCUACCUUUCUGUGACCAUAUUAAUCACACAUAUCAAUGAUAGAUAAAUGAAGUUUAUAUACUGUAUGUUAUGUUGUUAUGAGAAACUCCGAUUCUUUGAGUUACACUAUAUGGCCAAAAGUAUGUGGACAUGUUUAUAUACACUUUUGGUGUGGGGUUGUUUUUCAUGGUUUGUGAUAGCCCCAGUUUGUCCCUCCUCUAAUAUUAAAAUUAUGUUGAAGGAAGGGGGGGUACCGAAAACAUCAACAGAGAUUCAAUAGUACAUAAAAUCUGUUCAAACUUUCUUGAGACGAUUAAUCGAUUAAGCAACAAAUAAUCGACAGGUUAAUAGAUGAUGAUGUUGCCCCUGUGCACAGAGCCAGGUUCCAAAAUCAAGCAGGAAAACCUGAAACUAUAAAAGUGAAGGUUGUUAUAGCAGGAGAUUAAUGCCCAUGGUUUAGGAAUAAACUGAGUGUGAUGUCCAUAUACUUAUGGCCAGUGAAAAACAGUUUAUGAUCUGUAAUGUUGGUGUCCAUUAUAUUGUAAACUACAACAGAUGUAACAGUAGUAUUGCUAAGGAUGAAACUGCCAUUCACACCAUAGCAACAUCAUCCUUUGUGCUACUGUUGGACUACAAAUCCCUCCAUGUUUGAUUCCUGUUUACUCAUGUUUUCCAGGAGUGCACAGACUUUUUCUCCAUACAAUAUUGAAGGUUCAACAGAGAAUACAUGUUCCUUUCCUAAAACAUACAUGCGUUUCUGUAGAUUCAAUAUUAAUGUAGAAUAGAGCUGUAGAUUAUUUUUUUUAGAGAUUGAAAUUUGAAGCCAUGAUUGGCUGUAACUUUGUAUAGAGAAGUUUUCUGUUAUUCCUGGAUGGAGAAGGCAAGCUAUGAAAGCGGGUACCAUGAGGUACCGUAUUACUGCUGGAUAUGUGAGAUGUGUGGGAGAUUGUUUUGUUCUUUGAGCCAUAAGAUAUUUAUUUUAUGAUUUACACCCAAGAUAAAGAAUUUGGUUUUAGUUUACCACACAAGCCAUGAAAGCAGACAUUUCAGUCUUUUUGUUUGUUUAUGUUUUGCUUUAGUAUUUUAUUUUUGAAUAAAUGGGAAAUCUUAUUGCAUUGCAUAUUUUAACUAUAUGUUAAAAACUGACGUCAGAACUUUUAAACACAGAUACAGAAUUUCUUGUUAUGAUCAUCUAAACCUCAUAAUGUUAAUGUCAGACACAUCCAAUAGAUCGGAUCAUAAAUUCAGGAGCACACACGGUAAGACUGCUUUACUGGUACAAAAACACAAACAUUUUUUCAGAUGGUUUAGUAAAAUAAAGUGUUUGAUUUUGAUAAUUUAUCAAUGUGCUUUCAGACAUCAUUUUGAAAAAUAUUGUACCUAAUGUAAUUUAUGGGAAUCCUCAUCAGCCUUCUCUGUCCUGGAUAUUUCUUUUAUAAACAUCCUUUUCCAAGAAAA